UGAGGAAGUAUCAGAAUUGUCAGGGAGUAAGAAGCUAAACUUGAAAGCAAAUGCGAUAAAGGAGAAAUAUGAGGAACUUAACACAUUAUUCUACAAUAUCCAUUCCAAAGUUUUGAAAUGCGAACCUGUCACUGAAAAGGACAUUGAUAUUAUUCAUGAGAAUAUAGAUAUAUAUAUGUCUUUCUACAGAACCCAUUUUCCUAAUAAAGUUCUUCCAAAGCACCACUUUUUGGAGGCACACAUAUGCCAGUGGAUGUCAUCCAAGGAAUUCCAAAUGGGUUUACAUGGCGAGCAAGGAGGUGAAGGUAUUCACAGGGAGUUCAAAAGAAUUGAAACAAACAUGGCUCAUAUGCGAAAUGAGAGCAAACGAUUAAUGAUGACUAUGAA